AUGGCCUCAUUAGGAGGUCAAUGGUCAAUCACUCAGGAGCGUAUCAAUCAACAACUAUCGGAUAUCCAACAAGGGUCAGUUGUACCCGAUCAGAUACCUGACCCGAUAGCCGAUCGGGUAUCCGGUUAUGUCUCUCAGACGGGUCUGCAAGUCGGCGGGUCAACCCGAGCUUCAGAAUAG